GAGACAAAGGGAAACAUUUUCUGGAGCUUCCCGUUUCACCGUCUCUCUUUCUCACUCCUAAUGAAAAAAGAGGAAGAAAACACAGAGAUAAAGAAAGAGGGGGACGAGAGAGAGCGAGAGAGAGGUGGGGGACAGCGCGCACUGCCGCCUGCACAGGAGCUGAAUCUGUGCGCGCUUUCCUGCCAAAAAAUGCGCAGGCAGCGGCGCCGUUAAAACGUGCUCUGUCAAACUGAAAGACGUCGGCUGACAAAACGCCCAGCGCCCUCUCGAAGAAACUGGAGCCAGUGGGAAGGAUGCUGCGCUCAAGAGAAGCAGGUGUAUCCAGCCAAGUGGAGGGGACGGAGCGGGAGCCGCCCGCUGGAGCCGCUGGACAAAAGCACCUGCUUCAGAGAAACAGCACGCAGUCUUUCCUGCUUCUUUCCCUUUCUUAAUAGCCGGAUUUCGUCUCUCCAGAUGUACAUCCCCCAUUCAGAGUGGGGGAUGAGGGCGCCAUGAGACUGUCGGAGUCGGACGCACAGCUAAUUUGGAGAAACACCUUAGAGGACAAGAGAAGAAAACAAAGACAGUGUGUGCGUGUUUGUUGACCACAGAGACCUGCUGAAAUGCCCGGGACGGUCUCCUCGGCGCCGCUGCUCUACAUAGGCAUGGAGGUCCUGAUAGCUGUCGCCUCCGUGGUCGGGAAUGUGAUGGUGGUUUGGGCGGUGAAAAUUAACAAGUCCCUGCGAGACACCACGUUUUGCUUCAUCGUCUCCCUGGCUGUGGCGGACAUUGCGGUGGGAGCGCUGGUCAUCCCCCUGGCCAUCACGGUCAGCAUCGGACUCAAGACUUACUUUUACAGCUGCCUGCUCGGGACGUGCACCAUGCUGGUGCUGACGCAAAGUUCUAUCCUGGCCCUGCUGGCCAUCGCAAUUGACCGCUACCUCAGGGUCAAGAUCCCGACCAGGUACAAGCGGGUGGUGACGUCCCGGCGGGCAGCCCUGGCUGUGGUGAUAUGCUGGACGUUGGCGUUCAUUGUGGGACUGACGCCCAUGUUGGGGUGGAACAAUCUGAAGCGCCUCCAGGAGAACGGCACGAUUGGCCCAGACCUCAUCGUCACCUGCCAGUUUGAGACCGUCAUCAGUAUGAAGUACAUGGUUUAUUUCAACUUCUUCGGCUGCGUCCUGCCGCCUCUGCUGUUCAUGUUGGUCAUAUACGUGGAGAUCUUUUACAUGAUCCACAAGCAGCUGAACAACAAGAAAAUCACCUCCAGCUUCUCAGACCCCAACAAGUACUACGACAAAGAGUUGAAUCUUGCCAAAUCUCUUGUUCUGGUGUUUGUUCUGUUCGCUAUCAGCUGGCUCCCUCUUCAUAUCAUCAACUGCAUCACAUUCUUCUGCCCUCAGUGUGACAAGCCGAUGGUCCUGCUCUACAUUUCCAUCCUGCUCACUCACGGCAACUCUGCUGUCAACCCAAUCGUCUAUGCUUUCCGUAUCAAAAAGUUUCGCACUGCGUUUCAGAAAAUAUGGCAGCAGUACUUCUGCUGCAAGGAGACGCUGGCGUUGGACUUCCAGCAUAGUGACAGGAAAGACACGCCCAAUCUGGAGCCAAAACCGGCUGCGUCGCUUCAGCCUGCUCAACUGGGGGUCUUUAAAUCGUAUCCUUCGCUGGAGGGUCAGCUGCAGCUGCAGCCGUCUCCGCUGGAGCUCCAGGACGAGCAGAAGAUUAAAACACCUCAGCAAACUUACAAACUUCCCCCUUUGGUCGAGCAGAGUGUAGCCUGAGUGAAGGAGAGAAGUGGAUGGUUGAAGAAAUAACUUCUUGUCCAAUAGCGAUGGCUCUCUCCUCAUCUGAAUGUAGUUUGAAGAGAACAGAUCACAGCAAGGCGCCGCCAAGCUCUUGCGAUUAGCAAUGUGGGUCUGUGGAAGAUUGUUCAUCCUCAGGAAGAGCAUACAUGCUCAAAACAGUGCAGGCAGAGUACUGAGAAACCUGCAAUGUCUAUUUACAUGCUUAUCUUAGUAAGAUACUGAGCUCAUGUAGUUUUAACUGUUCUAUUAUAGUGAAGCAGUUUGUGUGAACAUUAGAAAAUGUGCAAAAUAAGUUAUUGUGGUUUGUCAAGUAUCAGCAUCUCUGUGUUACAACCUGCCUGAACAUUUAUACAUCAGACAGAGCAGGGUAAUCUUACUACUUUAAUACUGUGUAUGUUCCAACUGACUCUGGCUAAAAUUAUAUAUAUGAAUGUAAUUGUGUAAAUAUAAGACAGCAUUCACUUGUGAAAGCUCGACUAAUCUUCAGGGUCUAAAUCACACAAUGGUGUGUGCAGGAAGCAGAAUUAAGGGACAGAAUCGUGUAAUGAAAGUUAGUGUCUCUCCUCUGGAGCUCAGUCAGGCCUCAGGUGAUCCACCUGCAGUUUUCCAUUGCAGACGAGAUGGACGGGGAUAUGAACAAGCACACAGAGGCUUUAAAAUUUUAAAAGCUACAUGCAGGGCGUUUGUAGCAGCUCACAGGGGAAAAACACAAGAUGCUCUUAGAUCUCAUGUUUGUUCAGUCUCCACGUCACUAAGCUGCGAGUGAAGUUUUCUUUAGCUCCUUGUCAUCGCGACAUCAUGACAGUUUACCAUCACCAACUGUGGCUUUCAUGGCCUUGUUCAAAUGUUCAACCAAACACUGACUAAAUUCUGAAAUGUCAACCUGAAGAUUGUGAGUUUAACCUGUAAGCUUAUUGUUUUGCAUCUUGCCCAACAGAGGCAUCUUUGGAUUCAUAAUUAAACUAUGUUCAGUGCCUCUUAAACACAGGACGUAAAGCUGUUUUUGUCUACCCAUUAUUUUUAUUUUAUAAUCUUGCUUGAAGGGUAGCUUAGAAAGGUUCUGUUGAAAUGUUAUAAAUAUUUAGCAUCUUACCUGCUGUUGCUAAAGCUCAUUUAGUUUAAAUCCAGAUCAGCUGUAACCUAACAGCCACUUCAAGGUGGCCAAAAUGAACUUUUAUUCCUUAAAAAUAACUCCAGUUUAAAAAAUGUUAUAACAGUUAAUGGGAUGACUCUUUAAACUGUUGCUACAUUUGUUAUUGGGUGGUUUUGUACAGAACACAGAUUAUUAUUAGUCCAUGAAGUAGAGGUAGAAGGCCGUGCACCACAAAAGAUUGUUCUACAAGAAAAACCUACUGAGAAUGAGACACGUAAGGAAUCCAUGAAUCACAAAAAUAAAACCUGAACUGCUCUAAUAUUUGUACCUGCCAUGUUCCUAUGUGAAACAUACUUAGAAUGGAAAAUAAAAAGUCGCUACCUAAUGAAGAGGAAAAAGAAGCUAAUGCAAAAAUGACUAAUACAGCAUCCAGUUAAAUAACUACAAUGUUUUUCACUUUUCACAUGUUUUUCAUCAGCCAGUUGGUUUGACUUCACCAUCCUGAAAAAUCUAUUUCCCUGUGUACAUAUUGAUCAGUUUGUGGGUAAAUAACCACUUAAAUAAAAAAAAUCACAAAAA